ACUAAAAUGUCUGACUAUAUUGCCCCUGCCGCUGCUAUUUUUCUUCCACAAAUUGGAGCAAUAGCUGCAGGUUUUAGGAGCAGUGGAAGCAUAGAAACAUGGUAUGAGGGCUUAAAACUUCCCUCAUGGCGUCCACCAAACCAAGUCUUUCCACCAGUUUGGACAGCUCUCUACUGUAGUAUGGGCUAUGCCUCUUAUUUGGUGUGGCGUGAUGGUGGUGGGUUUGGUGGUGAUGCUGCCCUACCACUUGCUGCUUAUGGCACCCAGCUGGCUUUAAAUUGGGCCUGGUCUCCAAUUUUCUUUGGAGCACACAGUCUUAAAUGGGGUCUGAUUGACAUAGUCUUCUUGUGGGGAGGUAUCGCUGGAACCACCUACCUGUUCCAUGGCAUCAAUGAAACAGCUUCCUACCUCAUGCUGCCUUAUCUGGGAUGGGUCUCAUUUGCAUCUGUCCUUACUUACAGAAUUUGGAGAGACAACCCUGACCCAAAAAAAGAGUAAAGAUGAAAUGUUACAUUUUACAAGCUUCCUCUGUCUGUCAUCAGUCUGUCUGUCUAGAUCGAAAUGGCUGAGCGAAAUUGCAGGCACUUCUAACUGACAGAUACGGUUCGUAAUUGGUAUGUGGGUCAAGACAAGAAGACAAUGCAUCGUGACAUUCAAUUCCACUUAAU